GAAUGAAUGGGCAUUAACGGUAGGGUGAUAUGAUGAUUACUCCGCCAUUUUCCAUAAAAUCGUAAAAGUAAACAAUAUCUAUGCAUUACGUCGAUUCGCCCUGGCGAACUACCAUAGCCAUCGCAAACAAAUGUUGAGAGAUGCUCCCCUUUCACGUCGCUGCUUGGACAACACAACAGGGUUUAGUUCGUUCACCCCUGACAACCGGAGACAACAAAACAACAGCCCCGCCGACUCACCUUCAUUCCGUCCUCUUCUCCCUCCCCCCCGGCUGGACGAAGAGAAAUAGCGACGACGGCGACAACGGCCCACGAAUACUGCCCGCUCAUAGUCAGCAAACCGGUCCCAUUCGACAAACGGGCAAACUAGCGGGGACGGAAUCGGGUAACGGGGAGAAAGGAAAAAGAAAGGGGAAGGGUGCCUGAUAAAGGGGAUUUGAUAAAUCAGCAAAGCAGGGGGGAACCGUCUCAGGAGGCCGAUAACGGACAUUCGGCAGCGUUGAUUUGGCCAUCGCCCCUUCUCUCUUUCUCUCUUUCACCUUUCCGCAUCGUCACCGCUGGAACGAGCUCCCCGCCCCCUAUCUUGACGACGCACGAAACGAUCGACCACUAGCCAGCGGAGUCAUCGACCAACCAAGAGAGUGGCCCAUCGCCCCUCUCGGUGACUUCCUGUGUCCGACGAAACGACGUAACGAAUAUCAGCACCGUCUCCGACUGUUGACAUCGACACAAACCGGAAAAGAAAAAAGAAAAAAAAAGGAGAAAUACCCGCCCAACAGCUAUGCCAUCAAAGGAUUGCGACUCGCCCGGAAGCGAGGCCAAGGAAGCCCUAGCUUACUACAAGUCUCAAAUCCAGCAACUGGAAUCGGAGCUUGCGGACUUUCAGGCGUCUUCCAAGGAGCUCGAGCAGGAACUUGAAAAGGAACUCGAAGCGAGCGAGAAGCAGCACCUGGAUCUAAGGAGCAAGAACGAGGGGCUACGGUAUGAGGUCGAGGAAUGGAAAGUAUGUUUGGAGCCUCUGUCUCAUUCUCUAGCCCUGGCUCCCAUCUCGAAGGAAAUGAUGGUUCUCUAUAAGCGUAUCUACUAACACUUGCUAGAAUAAAUACAAACAGUCCAAGACCGAGGCUAAUAGCGCCCAAAACAUCCUCCAGAAGGAAAUCACCAAUCUUCGCGAAACUAACCGACAAAUCUCGCUCCGGUUACGGGACAUCGAGGUCUCUAAUGAUGACUUUGAACGACAGGAGCGCAUAGUCAAGUCCUCCUUGGAGGAUUUGGAGUCGAAAUAUAACCAGGCUAUUGAGAGGGGGGUACUGCUUGAGGAGGAGAUCAAGAUCGGGGAGCAGGAGCGGGAGGGGUUAAGGAUCGAAUGCCAGCGACUGAGAGACGAGCUAUCGGAUCUGAAGGUGGAGCAGGACAUUACCGUGGACAAGCUAAAUAAUGCUAUGGCUAUGGCAGCAAAGUAUGGUAAUGGAAGUCUGCAUCAUGUUCCGCCACCGGCGAAGUUCCAGUCAACGCUAUCGGAAACAUCUUCGGUGGCUUCUCGACCACCGAGUACUCCUACAACACCGUCCGCAGCAUCUACAUCCACUCCCCAAUCAGAUCACUCACCGACUCCCCCAUCUCCCCCGAUAUCCGAGGUGUCGACAACUCCUUCCCAACCUUCUCGGGCAAGGGAGGACCCAGCUCUGACUCCCCGACCCAAGUAUCGUCAGAGGCCUGCCCACUCACGAGCUCCAUCAUUUGGAUCUCAGGGGCCCGGCAUGGGGAUGCCCAUCCCAUCUUCGAAGUCACUUCACCACAUCCGUGGACUGAUAGGACAGAUGCAAAGGCUAGAGCAACGAGUUCAGCAUGCCCGCAGCAAAUUACCAGGACCUGUCAACACACCUCCUCGGAUAUCUCCUCACGGCCAGGGGAUUUUUAUCCCACCAACAAUUACCAUGAGGUCGCAAAAGAAGCACCGAACCUCCUCCACCGCCUCCUCCAUUACUUCUGGCGGCAGCGACAGAGACACCGUGUACCCCCACAGCACCCGCUUAUCCUUUGGCGAGCGACCAAGCUCGCGUGCGACAUCUCGUCCAUCGAGCCGCGCCUCGGGCGCUACCUCGCGCUCAUCACUAGGAUCUCAGCUGCCGCAACCACCAAGACCGAGCAGUCGUGCUAGUCUUUCAGGAAGGGUAACACCCAUGGAAACGCAUUCUGAGUUUGGAAUGACUACUAUCAACUUGCGUGAUCGAACGAGCAUCGGAAGUGUGGCAUCUAGCACAGAUGACACGUUCCCAGCUCCCGCUAUCCGCAGAAACACUGCUUCCAAGGGAGAAAGUGGCAUACCACUACCCGCUAGUGGCUUGCCCAGACGAAGUUUUGGGGGGCGAAGAAUCAGUAGUAACAGUGCCGACGAGGAAACCCGCCGACGGUUGGGCAGGAAGUUGAGUGGUGUGGGCGAAGCAUAAAUAUUCCCACGGCUUCCCCCAUGUCUAUGAUAUCUUGCCCACCUUGAUUGCCUAUCCAUCCAGAUCACUACCUACCUGCCUGCCUUCUUUUCCCCACAAAGUUGUCCAUUCACGAAUUAUCUUUUUUACCGCUAUAUUUUAUACUACCGUUUAGUUUUUAGUUCUCCGUUUGAGCCCUUCCUCUUAACAAACCAAAGGACUGCAAGACGUCCGAAACGUUUCACUUCGCUUCAUUUAGCAUACACUACUUGACCAGCCUGGUUUUCUUUCCAUUUUACUAUUCUUCUACCCUUUACUUCCUCUUUUUCCAUAAACCCGCAUUUGAAAUUUGCCUUCUAGCACUUUUUCUUUUUUUGCGUGUGCUCUCACUCAGACUUAUCAUGGUUCUCUGGUGUGGGGUUACUUUCUCUUCAAAUUGGAUUUUCUUUUGUUUGGCGGAUAGAGGCCUCCUUGGAUUUUAGGCUGACGCUAGGAGGCAAGGAGAAAGGAGGCGCCGAGAAUGGAGGAGGCGAGGGAACUUGAAGGGUUCAUGUAGGAUUCUUUUCUUGUCCUCUCGUGUUGUGCGUCCUAGUACAGGUGUUUAUUAUUAUUAUUCCCUCUUCUACAAUGCAUUGCUUUAGGGAGGGGGGAGUGCCUUGGCAUACAUUUUGCGGGGCGGUGAGGCAUGAGGGAGCGGAACAGAAGGAGUGAGCAGAGGCGGAGGUGUAGGUACCAGAAUAUACUCUUUCGAAAGGUGUUUUGUACAAUUGUGCAUUUUUAAUGGCCGUUUUUUUGUUUUUCUUUCACUUUUACACCCCUCCUUGCUUGUCACUCGCGUGCUUGUCUGCUCGGGCGCGUGACGGUUCUCACGGAUUGUAUGAUAGAGGAUUACGAGAUACUCCAUUAGACGAUUUCCUUUCGUUGUAUCGGGUGCGCAGUCGACGUUAGCCUGCACCUCACGAGAGUGCCGAACAUCCCUAACUUAACUCAGAUAUCUCGUUAAGAGCAAAAUUUCCUAC